AAAAAAAACAGGACUUAGAGUCACUGAAAACAUGUUCAAAUACAUUAUAUGCAUUAUAUAAUUUAAUGAGAAAAUAAAAUAAAUCCAAACUAAAUUGUGAUAUUUAUAUUUAGAUAAUUUAUUGUUAAUGAUGCGGUCCCCCCAUUGACAUUGAGGCUUUUACUUUGGAACUGACCACCGGAAGUGCUGUUCCGGCGUCUCCUCGCUGACCUGACGCUGGUGCGCAUCUCACCGACCGGGAACACCGAUCAGUGAACACUCGGGCCUUUUUCCUCCGCUGCGCCGUCAGCUGUGUUUUCCUGCUGCCGCCGCUUCCACCACUGCCGCCGCCGCCGCUGCAGAGGCGACUACCGCCGGUGACACCAUAUUUGCAGCCCCUCGCUCAGUGUAAUGUCACACGGAGAUGACACGCAUCCAGGAGGAGCCCUGUUUGUUUUGCACGGAGAAAUGAGGCAGGGGGAGGAGAGUCGCCACAGAGACGCUACUGGGCUGCGGCCAAACGUCGCCGCAUUUUAGCGCUUAUUCCCAUGCUCGGCCUUUGCAUUGCACUGCACUUGCUGCAUCGUUGAUUGGUCGUAUAUUCUGCAAAAAGUGCAUGGUGGAAAUGCAGCUUGUUUGAGGACAACCCCCCCCCUCCCCUCCUUCCCCCCAUCCUCCAGAUGUCCAUUGCUGCCAUGAUAGGCAGAGGUCUCCUCUCGAGCGCGGCUCAGCCGGUUGGAGAAGAGGCAGAUUGAUUCGGGACGGUGGGUCGCAUCUGCGUCUGCGGAGGCUGAUAAAUAUCAUCCGCGCGCACACGCUGUGGUGAUUCUCACUCAGGGAAAUAAAAAAAAGGAAGAGGGGAGAAGGAAAGAAAAGCAACAUGUCAUCUCGGUCUGCAUUACCGUCUGGAAACGACAGGAGCACCGGAGACCAUCAUGUGUCGCUUGGGGCCAGCCGCUCAGACAAGGCCACCAGCCAGUCCAGCCGCUCACUGGGCGCCCGGUGCAGGAACUCCAUCGCCUCCUGCUCCGAUGAGCAGCCGCACAUCGGCAACUACCGUCUGCUGAAGACCAUUGGCAAAGGAAACUUUGCCAAGGUCAAGCUGGCCCGCCACGUUCUAACGGGCAGGGAGGUUGCAAUAAAAAUCAUUGACAAAACUCAGUUGAACCCAACCAGCCUGGUAAAGCUCUUUCGGGAGGUACGAAUAAUGAAAACCUUAAAUCACCCGAACAUAGUGAGGCUGUUUGAGGUGAUAGAGACAGAAAAGACCCUUUACCUAAUAAUGGAGUACGCCAGUGGAGGUGAAGUGUUCGACUACCUCGUGUCUCAUGGAAGAAUGAAGGAGGUUGAAGCCAGAGCCAAAUUUCGACAGAUAGUCUCUGCUGUCCACUACUGCCACACCAAGAACAUUGUCCACAGAGAUUUGAAGGCGGAGAACCUUCUGCUGGAUGCCGACGCCAACAUAAAGAUUGCCGACUUCGGCUUCAGCAACGAGUUCACGCUGGGGAACAAGCUGGACACGUUCUGUGGCUCGCCACCCUACGCUGCCCCCGAGCUUUUCCAGGGCAAGAAGUAUGACGGGCCUGAGGUGGACGUCUGGAGUCUGGGAGUAAUCCUCUACACACUGGUCAGCGGCUCGCUGCCCUUUGACGGGCAGAACCUGAAGGAGCUGAGGGAGCGUGUGCUGCGGGGAAAGUAUCGCGUGCCCUUCUACAUGUCUACAGACUGCGAGGGGAUCCUCCGCCGAUUCCUGGUGCUCAACCCCACCAAGCGCUGCACCCUAGAUCAAGUUAUGAAGGACAAGUGGAUAAAUGCAGGGUACGACAACGAAGAUCUGAAGCCCCACAUAGAACCUGUCGAGGACUUCAGUGAUCCGGCUCGCAUAGAGGUGAUGGUUGGAAUGGGCUUCACUUCAGAGGAAAUCAAGGACUCUCUGCUCAAUCAGAAAUACAACGAGGUCACAGCCACCUAUUUACUGCUGGGCCGCAAAGGAGAUGAGGGCAGCGAGGCUCGUUCAGCCAGUAGCCUGUCUCUGGCAAGGGUAAGACCCAGCCCCAUUACCAACGGGACCAACAAGCACUCGUCAGCCACCGGCUCCUCUUCCUCUUCCACCUCCUCCUCACACAGCAAGACCCAGCGCAGUGCCUCCACUUACCACAGGCAGCGACGGCACAGUGACUUCUUCCUCCACAACAAAGGUGGGCCUUCCAUGCCCGUCAUGCACCCCAAGCGGAGCCCGACCAGCACGGGCGAGCGGGAGCUGCGCGAGGGACGGAUGCCCUCUCGUAAAGCCAGCUGCAGCGUGAUGGGGAGCCACAGCCUCCCUCCCUCCAGCCCGAUGGUCAGCAGUGCCAACAACCCCAACAAGUCUGAGAUCCCUGACCGCCGCAAAGACAUGACUGCCACCACAAAUAACAUCCCUGGAAGCGCCAUGACACGCCGGAAUACAUACGUGUGCACAGACCGUUCCGGAACUGACAGACACUCUCUUCUGCAGAACGGCAAAGAUAACAGCUCCUUGAGCCACCGCAUGCCCGCCGCUUCUCCCUCCACGCUCAGCAUCACUGGGGCCGGAGCAGCCUCCUCCUCGUCUUCUUCAGACAGAUGCCGCCUGACCCGAGGCUCCACGAUCCGCAGCACCUUUCACGGGGGACAGCUGAGGGACCGCGGGCCUCCGGUUUACUCGGCCCCACCCACUUCACCCACUCUGUCCCACCAUGAAGCUAGUCCCCUGCCCCACGCCCGCACCAGGGCAACAUCCAACCUCUUUUCCAAGCUGACCUCGAAACUCACUCGCAGGGUCAACCUUGACCCGUCCAAGCGCCAGGGCUCAAACAAAUCAGUCUCGGGUUGUACUCUUCCACAAGGAUCAAAAACAGUUAGGUCACAAAUGAAUCUGAGGGAAUCAGGAGAUUUGCGCUCACAAGUUGCCAUUUACCUGGGUAUCAAAAAGCGUCCGAGCCCUGGUCCAUCGGACGUGGCUGGGAUCUGAGAGGCGGCGGGCGGCGGGACCCUGCGGAGGUGGUACUGGCUCUGCGGGAGGCAGCGCUCGGGUGUGGCUGCCAGGUCCACCAUGCCGGCCCUUUUCUGCUCUCCUGUACCCACGGCGUGGCAGGGGGUCGUGUGGCUUUCGAGGCCGAGGUGUGCCAUCUUUCUACAGGCAACUCAGAGACUUCUAAUGGGGUGCGCUACACGCGACUCUGGGGGGCGCCGUUAGCUUUUCGGGACAUUGCCACCCAAAUCUCAAAGGAUCUCGAACUUUGAACAGAUAGAGGGUGUGUUUGCAUAAUAUGAGUGUGUGUUUUUUUGUGUCGAA